AUGUUUCGCUCGCUCGCCUCCUUGUUCUCCUCCAGCACUACUGCCAUGACUCGCGCGCAGGGUGUCAUCAAGAAAACGGUAGGAGAGCCGGCGCUGGAGAAGAACGCGUUAACGACGUCCGCGAACGUCGUCGGGUUGGGCAAGCUCGUCGACGCGCAGACGCACAUCCUCACCGCAAUCCAGUCGUCAAUAAGCGUGAUAGUGGAGCAGCACGCUCGAGCACAAGACCGGCACGCGCAGACGCUGGCCACCCGCCAUCGACUCCGCGCUCUCCCUUCGCGUGGACAGAAUAUCUCCCAUACACAACUCCUCCCCGCGCAGUACUACAUCGAGCGAUCCUCCCAGCUCGUCUGUCGGCGCCAACUCGUCAUCAUCACCCAAACGCGUGAACGACCUCGUGGAGCCCACCGUUUUGAGCCCCGCCAAGCGGCGCAAGGUGUAUCGGCAGCGCGCACACCAUCCACGGCCUUCCCCGGUUACCAGACGCGACGUUCUCCCGCUUCAUGA